GCCCUCUCCCCUGCCGAGGGUCAAGCCAUGUCCCAGCCUGGGGGACGUGGGAGGAGGCCGGGAACUCCGGGGCCUCCUGUGUGCAGCAUCCGGCCCUUCAAGUCCAGUGAGCAGUACCUGGAAGCCAUGAAGGAGGACCUGGCAGAGUGGCUUCGGGAUCUCUACGGGCUGGACAUCGACGCAGCCAACUUCCUGCAGGUGCUGGAGACGGGCUUGGUGCUGUGCCGGCAUGCCAACGCCGUCACCGCGGCCGCACUGGCCUUCCUAGCUGAGGCGCCCGCCCGAGCCCACAGGAUCCCCGUGCCUCGGGCCGGGGUCUCUUGCAACGGGGCUGCCCAGCCAGGCACCUUCCAGGCCCGGGACAACGUCUCCAACUUCAUCCAGUGGUGUCGCAAGGAGAUGGGCAUCCAAGAGGUGCUGAUGUUCGAGACGGAGGACCUGGUGCUGCGCAAGAACGUGAAGAAUGUGGUGCUGUGCCUGCUGGAGCUGGGCCGCCGGGCCUGGCGCUUCGGGGUCGCGGCGCCCACCCUGGUGCAUCUGGAGGAUGAGAUUGAUGAGGAGCUGCGGCAGGAGCUGGCGCUGCCCCCGCCCGACUCCCCGCCACCCGUGCCCCCCAGGCGGCGGCCCUGCCACUUCCGAAACCUGGACCAGAUGGUUCAGAACCUCGUGAGCCGCUGCACGUGCCCCGUUCAGUUCUCCAUGGUCAAGGUGUCUGAGGGGAAGUACCGCGUGGGGGACUCCAACACCCUCAUUUUUAUCCGGGUGCUCCGGAACCACGUGAUGGUGCGUGUCGGCGGCGGCUGGGACACGCUCAGCCAUUAUCUGGACAAACACGACCCUUGCCGGUGUACAUCCUUGUCACACAAGCCAGGCAGCUUCCUGAGGCCCCCGGUGGCACCGGUGCAGCAUGAAGUGAGGGUUCAGCAUGAGCCCUCGCAGCCACAGCUGACGAUGACCGUCAGCCGCUCCCAGAGCCCACCGCCGCCGGUGGACUGGAAGACGUAUACCUCUUCGAGCCGAAGGCUGAGGCCCCCUGCCCCCUCCCCCACACCCCGCAGAGAGACUGCACCAUUCCUGAGGUGCCAGGAGAAGCCACUUGCUCCACCUGGGAGGCAGCUGUCAGCUGGGGACAGCCUACCCAGCCCCCAAUCCUCACCUGCCCCGAGGGGCCAAGACCCCCAAGGCAGCUUUUUGGGGAAGAGGGAGGACAGAUACCCGUCUGAAGUCCCCAAGAGAAGGACUCCUACACCUUGGGCUCAUGAGGAGACAGACAGCUGGGGAAUGCCUUCCAGGACCCCCACCCCGCAGCAACUUCGAGCCCCUGAGGCCACUGCCACAGGGACCCCAGCGAGAGGACCAUCUCCCCUACCUCGUUACUCCAGUUCGGCCACGCCCACGAGCCCCAGGCAGCCACCCCGGGGUGAGGCUAAGGGUGCCUCCGCCCAGCUCAGGGAGGCCGCAUCUGUCCGCUCUCCGUCCCCUGGCCAAGGGCCCACCAAGCCCCCCGCCCGGCCUCCCACUCCAGGAAGAAGCUUCCCAGGUGCUGCAGGCAGAGGUCCCACGGCAGACUCGGGGAGAUGCUCCACCCGACUAAGGGCGGUCACUGGAGCCUUGGCUGGGUCCAGACACGGGGACUGCUGUGCAGAAGGGAGGCAAGGGGACCAGAAGCUGGACAUCUGGGUGACAGCAGAAGCGGGAGAGCCCCGGGGCCGGGAGAGGAGGCGCGCUCCCCCGACCUCGGGCAGGGAUAAGGAGCAAGCCAUCUCCCCUGGCCUUGAAGAGGAGCUUCUGGCCAACAUGAAGCUGCUAGAGGUGGGGACUGCUUGUCCCCAGGGCCCAGGGUCUGGGCUUAUCCCUCGCAGUGGAGUCUACGUCCCCAGCCUGGGUGCGCGGUGGCCAGAGCCUGGGGGUCCUUAUGACAAAGUCAUCCAAGAACUGGCUCAGGGCCCCCCACCCCUCAUUAAAGUCGACGUGGGAGCCUGGAAGGCUGCCUCUACCGGCUCCCCCAGGCUGGCUGUUGCCACCGGCCCAGGAGGCCCGAAAGGGAAACUGGGAGCCAGAGAGAGUGGACCAAGGACAAGGGCAGCCUUGAGUGACAGGGGCACCAGGGUGAGGGAGGUCCCGGCCCAAGGAGGGCAGGACUGCUCGGUCCCUACCCUGUCUGCCAGCCUGGAGGCCCCCGCACCCUCACCCUCAGACCCAAACUCUGACAAAGCCAAGGCAUGUCCAGGCAAGGGCAAGAGAACACUCCGGAAGCCGCAGAGAGUUCCAUCUAUCUACAAGCUGAAGCUGAGGCCCAGGAUCCGGCCCCGGAGAGACCACAGGCCUGAGGAAAGGCCUUCACGAAUCCCCAAGCCCCUGGGAUACCUCCCCUUGGGUCCAGCCAGGGCGCCCCCUAGGGGCAGGCUGGAGAGAGCGCCAGCGCGGGGCAGCCAGGGAGGGGAGGUGGCUCUGGUGGAUGGAGCCUGGGCAAGGGAGGAGGAGGGAGGAAAGGGGAAAGAGCCCGUGGCUGCAGUGGAGAGCAGAGCCCAGCCUUCAGGCCUGGGGCCUCAGCCGCCUGACGGAGCCCCGCUGCCUCCGGAGGAGGAGUCCUGGGUGUAA